AAAAAGAAGAGGCGCAACAUAAACAGUCGCAGAAAGGCAUCCGAUUUGAAUCGAUUUCGACUUUAAAUCGCUUCAUUUUUUUUGCAGGAUUUCUGUCGAAAGAGGCAUAAAAUGGACACGCGCGCUCUUAAGAACCCGUACGCGGACUACGACGGGACUAAUGCGGGUGCAGUGUUCGACUCCCACGGAAAGCUCACAGAGGAGUUCUCCCACGCGCUGUGCGGAAAGAUUAAGGAGCUGCUGGCUGUCAUGGAGGACGGGCUGAGGGCUGCGGACCCGCGAGACUGCACCGUUUACACAGGCUGGGCAGGCGUCUCCCUGCUCUACCUGCAGCUCCACGACGUGUUCAGGGACCCGUCCUUCCUGCAGAGGGCGCUGGAGCACGUGAGCCGCGGCCUCAAGUGCCUGACGCGCCGCCGCGACGUCACCUUCCUGUGCGGCGACGCCGGGCCGCUGGCGGUGGCCGCCGCCGUCUACCACCGCCUGCAGCGGCCCGCGGAGGCCGACGAGUGCGUCACCAGGCUGCUGCGGUACCACCAGGCGGCGAGGGGCUCGGCGGCGCUGCCGGACGAGAUGCUGUACGGCCGGAUGGGCUACCUGUACGCCCUGGCGUUCGUCCGGAGGCAGCUGGGGGAGGAGCGCGUCCCGCUGGAGUACAUCCAGCAGAUCAGCGACGCCGUCCUGGAGUCGGGCGAACGCUUCAGCAGGAAGAUCCGCAUCCAGAACCAGAGUCCGCUGAUGUUCGAGUGGUACCAGGAGCAGUACGUGGGGGCGGCGCACGGCCUCGCCGGCAUCUACUACUUCCUCAUGCAGCCGGGCCUGGUCUCGCGGCCGGAGCCCCUCCAGACCCUGGUGAAGCCCAGCGUCGACCACGUCUGCCGCCUGCGCUUCCCCUCGGGGAACUACCCGCCGUGCGUCGGCGACGAGCGCGACCUGCUGGUGCACUGGUGCCACGGCGCGCCGGGCGUCGUCUACAUGCUGCUGCAGGCCCACCAGGUUUUCGGCGCGCCGCAGUACCUGGAGGACGCGCUGCGCUGCGGCGAGGUGGUGUGGCGCUACGGCCUGCUGAAGAAAGGCUACGGCCUGUGUCACGGCGCGGCGGGGAACGCCUACGCCUUCCUGGCUCUCUACCGCCGCACGCAGGACCCCAAGCACCUGUACCGAGCCUGCAUGUUCGCAGAUUGGUGCAUGAACUACGGGAAGCACGGAUGCCGAACGCCGGACACGCCGUACUCGCUGUUUGAAGGCAUGGCGGGAACCAUCUACUUCCUGGCCGACCUGCUGCAGCCGUUAAAAUCCAGGUUCCCGGCCUUCGAGCUGUAGAAACCAGCUUCAGUUCCCCGUAAUCCCGCCGGAUUACGACUUCUGACUUGUAACGCACGUCUAAAAAGAAAUCCUGCAUUGUUAAAAGUCCGCGCUGUUCGUUGUCAAUUCUGUGCAGUUCUGCAGUUGCGUGGAGGAAACAGCAGGGGGCAGCAGAGACCAGCAAUUUCCUUUUUUAUUAUUUCGUCUUUAACCCCCUGCCUCUUGGGGAAUUCACAGUUUGACAGCAGAUUGCAGAUAAUCUGAUUAAAUGUGGGGGAUUUGAAGGCGUGCACGUUCAAUCUCCACUUCUUCCAAAUAAGGCUCAUGUACCGGCCGGAAGCCGGCGCCGCGCUCGCUCGCUCGCUCGCUCACUGGAGAUACUGUACCGCGGCGUCUUGGGAAACCUGAAACCCCCCCCAGUAGACGAGGUGGGAUUAAAAAUAGAGCUCAUCUGUCCGGGGGCGGCGUCGGCGUCGCACGCCCCUACAAACGUCCUCCGGCGCUCACAGUGUGAAGUUUGGCUGGAGGUUUGGGGAGAUUUCACCCCGGAGGAAUCCAGAUUAGACGCUCCUGUCCGGCUCGGUCUAAUCUGUGCACCUUAAUCUGGUUUAUUCCCCAGAUAUGAAUGCACUGACUUUUUUUUUUUU